AUGACCUGCGGAGGCCUUAUUGAUGGAGUGCGAGCCUGGUUUUGGAAUGUUGUUGGCUGCACAGAAGCUCAAUUUAGCUUGCCCGUUGCUGAGCCCGAUCUUCACAUGACUUUUCUUUACUGCCGGUGGAUUUUAGCCGCCAACACGCCUGUUACAAAGAAAAAGAUUUCUGAACUAGAAGCGGAAGCCGCAAUUCGAGGAAUUAUACCUUCCAGGAGAGGAAAGAGUCCUGCUACAUCUUCCCGCAAAGGAAAGCAACUAGCUGAUUCUGAAGAAAGUGAUGAAUUUAAAAUAUAUAGUGAGGAGGAUAAGACUGGAGAUGAAGCAGAAGCUAACAUUCCUCUUUCUCUUGUAGCCCACAGGACUCGUUGGGCAUCUUCACCCCAAUCACCAGGUGCUCCUUCAAAAGUAGAUGAGCAAGAAGAAGGAGAAUUUCUGGCCGAACCCUCUUCCCCUGGCUUAAUGAAUGUUGAUGAACCAAGCUUCAUUCAACAAGUACACAAAGCGAUGGGUGAAGAGCCACUCUGUAUGGACACCACCGCUCCUCCAGUUACUACAUCGACCUCGUCAAUCGCUGACAUAGUUAAACUAAAGGAGGUAGGUGCGAGUAGUAGUGCUGCUGAUCCCACCACUAUCGUUGAAGAUAUUCCCGUUAAUGAACCAAGAGGUCAGGAAACUACUCAUGAUGUGGAGGUCGGAGACUUCAAUGAACAUGAUUUUAACCUCGAUAUUUCUGAAGAUGACCAUCAGCGCAUUUCUGAUCUGCUGUCAGCUCAAGAUCCGGUUGCCACCGCAGGACCAACUACUAGAGUUGGUUCCACUGAAGUAGGCACAUCAGAUGGACCAAUAAAUGAAGUUGAUGCGUCUACUAUCAUUGGUGCUUGCGAUCAACCUGAAGGCAUGGGUUUCCUGCUUUUGACAGGUCCCUCAGCUGGAGUUGAACCGUCAGCUAUUGUUCCUCCGACUUCGGACGUUCUCGAAACUGAGCCUGUUGCGACUUCUGAUCCGACCCCAGUUGUUCAUGAAGUUGGAGGGUCGAAGGCUACCGUGGAAGAGCAACUUACUGCAACUUCUGUUCAACUUGGAUUCGUCGAUCUAGAUCCGAAGCCGUUGGAGGCUUCAAGUGAACAACCGUCUGAUGUAGUGAGUCAACCGACGAGCGUUAUUCCUGAACAAAUCUCGGUUAUUAUAGAGCCCGCUACAGCCUCGACAAGCCAAGCUCUUUCUUCAUCAUUGUCCGAUCAUAUCCGAGCUUUAUUAGCUGAUGAAGAUCCGGACAAAGCUGUCAUUUGCGCUAACGUACAAAGUUUCGUCACUUUCUUAAACACCAUGGUUGAUCAAAUUCUCCUUAAAGGUUCACCCUUCGAACAUUUUAGGAAAUCUCUCGAUCGCCAUGUAUCAGGAAUUAGAGAAUACGGAUGCGCUGAAUUAUCCGACUCAAUCGAAGCUUAUUUAGCUGCCUUUAAACAAAACAUUGAACAUUUGCAGAAUCUGCGUGUUAAUGGCUCGCCUUCUUAUAUUGCUCCUCGAAUGGACUUGAGAUUGCAGGCAUGGCGUGAUUCUCAGAAAUCCGCUGAAUCUGAACUUUAG